AUGCCUGCAUACAGAUACCCACCCGCCUCACAGGCUGCCUGGCACUUCUCCACCGUGUUCCCCGCGAUAUUAUACGAGACGGCCAGCGCUGAGCGCGUUGGAGCCACCGCAGACCUGAGACCCAUCCGCCGGACAUGCGACGUUACACUGCGACGCGGAGACCGCGGCGCCGUUGUUCAUGAUGGCCGUGCCGCAGAAGCAUUGCGUUCCGAACUCCAUCCCGGCGUAGAGGAAGCCGGCCUGGGCGCAGGCGGCCUGGCAUUUCGGCACCGUGUUGCCCGAGAUGAGGAUGGAGGUGUUGAUGGUCCGGUGGGUUGUGUCGUCCGAGUAGCAGCCGAGGCUUCGCCAGCGGAGGGUCGUGUCGAUGCCGCAGACGCCGUAGCCUGUUUGGCAGCCUGCGCCGCAGUAGACGGGUUCGCUGCCGCAGUAGCCGAAUUGGCUGCAGCAGUCGCCGAAGAGGCUGCCGGCGCAGGUGGCGCUUCCGUUGUAGGCGCCGCAGAGUCCGUCGAGGGAGACGGAUUGUCUGGGGGCGAUUGCGUUCUAUCAUAUAUCGGGGUACAUGUUACGCAUGAUGUGGAGAUGCAGCUCGGCGGACAGAACCCUAGGAUAUCGAAUCUCACGACCCCGAGGGUAUCCGGCCGCUCCACCCCGCUCGGAUCCCUCCGGUCAGACGAGGUGCAGAAACCGGGCAUGCUCUCCCCUCCCGUGCGUGGUGCGCUGGACGAGAAGCAGGCGAUCUACAGCAAGGCAGUGGCGCUGGAGGAAGGGGAGGAGGAAGACGCCCCGGACCUGGAGCAGAAUGCUGCCCCGAGGCCGGCGCUGCGGGCCCAUGCGAUCAAGAUCAGCUUGGCGAUUAUGCUGGUCAUCUUGACGCAGUCCCUGGGGGUGGCGCGGUGGGAUGGAGGAUACACACGGUUUGCGCUGGUUGUUACCAUCCCACCGCUCGCUCUGUUCUCGCUGUUCUUCUUCAUCGUGUUGGUCACCAGCGUCUUCCAGCUAUUCCUCCCCGCGGGAUUCUGUCUGAAGAACUCCAAGUACCACUCUGCUAUCAAGCCGAAUCCAAAAGCUCACCGGGACUACGAGCUGCCCCAUAUCACCAUCCAGAUGCCUGUCUACAAGGAAGGCCUGAAAGGUGUCAUCGUUCCGACUAUGAUGAGCGUCCUCGCUGCAGUCCAGUACUACGAGGAACAAGGCGGGACCGCAUCCGUCUUCGUCAACGACGACGGCAUGCAAGUGAUCCAGCCCGAGCUGGCAGAAGCGAGAAAACAGUACUACCGCGAAAACGGGAUCGGGUAUACUGCCCGUUCUCCCAACAAGAAAACAGCAGUCAAGAAGAGCCGAGGGGCCUUUGGGCUCUUUUGGAAGGACAAACCCGUGCCAGCCGGGGAGGAGAGUUCCCAAGCGGAAGAAGAGGGUGGUCCUCCGACGCCGCAGGCACUGGCAAAUAAGAUCGGGUUCGAGCGCAAGGGGAAGUUUAAGAAGGCGAGUAAUAUGAACUACGGACUGGCUUUUUCGGUUCGUGUUGAGGGUGAAAUGGCUCGUCUGAUGCAAGGGGAGGCCGAACGGCGGGGAUGUGCGGUUGACGAUCUGACGGUGGAAGACGAUGAGCGACUCUAUCAACAGGCGUUGGAUGCUAUACUUGCUGCUGAUGAGGGCCGUACCUGGGCCGAAGGGAACAUUCGUAUCGGGGAGUUGAUCUUGCUAAUCGACUGUAAUACUCGUGUGCCGGUGGACUGUCUGCUCUAUGGUGCCCUGGAGAUGCACGAGAGCCCCGAGGUCGCCAUUCUCCAGCACGGAUCUGGCGUUAUGCAGGUGGUCCAUAAUCUGUUCGAAAAUGGCAUUACAUACUUUACCAACGUCAUCUACACGGCCAUCAAAUACGGCGUCGGGUCCGGCGACGUGUCUCCGUUUGUCGGCCACAAUGCAUUUCUCCGGUGGAAAGCACUGCAAAGCAUCGAGUUCGUCGAUCCAUCCGACGGGCUGACCAAGUGGUGGUCUGACGCGCACGUCUCGGAGGACUUUGAUAUCAGUCUCCGGCUGCAGAUGCAGGGGAUGGUGGUGCGGCUGGCGACGUACCACAACGGGGAGUUCAAGGAAGGGGUGUCGCUGACACUGUACGAUGAGUUGACGCGGUGGGAGAAGUAUGCCUAUGGCUGUAACGAGCUGGUGUUCCAUCCUUUCAAUAUGCCGGUGACGUCCAAGGUGACCAUCGUCGCGUAUAUCUUCACCUGUAGGCCUCCCGCCCUUCCUUUCUCCACAUGGCUAACAGACACAGACUACGCCAUCGGCUCGGGCAUGCUCCUCGCCACGGUAAACUACAUCCUCCUCGGCCUCUUCGACUCGGACAUCGACCACCUCUACCUCCCCUCCUGGGGCAUCUGGUGCUCUCUCGUCGUCGUCUUCAACGGGUUUUCCUCUGUCGCCUUUAGCAUGGUCCGCCACCAGCUGAAGGAGGAGACAUUCUGGCGUGCCCUCCUCGACGCAGUCAAGUGGCUCCCCUUCCUGAUCAUCUACUUCGGCGGGAUCAGCCUGAACUGCGCCAAGGCCAUUCUGUGCCAUGCUUUCAGCAUCAAUCUCGAGUGGGCGUCCACGGCCAAGGAGAUGGGGCCGACGGGAUUCUACAUCGGGAUGGACAAGAUGGUGAGGCGGUUCAAGUGGACGUGGGCAAUCUGUCUGGUUCUUGCGGGAGUGAUGAUCUACUUUGCGGUUGGGGCGCCUUGGGGGUGGACGAUUACUCCGGGGCCUUAUUCGACAGCGAAUGUGGCGAUUGCGCUCUUGGCUAUCCAGAUCUGCUCGGCGAGUUUUCUUCCAUUCUUUCUGGGAUUGAAUUGA